GUCAGUUCCGGGGCGGGCCCGGAAGCAGCCGUUUGUUGUUGUGGUGGAGGCGGCGAGGGCCACUAUGGUGUGCGAGAAGUGCGAGAAGAAACUCGGCACGGUAAUCACUCCCGAUACGUGGAAAGAUGGUGCAAGAAACACCACAGAAAGCGGUGGCCGCAAGUUAAAUGAAAACAAGGCAUUGACCUCAAAGAAGGCAAGGUUUGAUCCUUAUGGAAAGAACAAAUUUGCAAUAUGUCGGAUUUGUAAGAGUUCUGUCCAUCAGCCAGGAUCUCACUAUUGUCAAGGAUGUGCCUAUAAAAAAGGUAUCUGCUCAAUGUGUGGCAAGAAGGUGUUGGAUACGAAGAACUACAAGCAAACUUCUGUCUAAUUGUAUUGACUAGUCUUUUUAUGAACUUCAACGUUUGUGUCUUUAUACAGUUAACUUUUCUCUAAAAUCAUUUGUGAAUGUUACUUUCUGAAAGAUAAUACAUUUACUUGGAAAGGGAUGAGAGGUAAAGAUAGCCUGAUUGUUUGCCUAGUAAUGUACAUAAUAUUUGAUUUUUGUUGUUUUAGCACUAAUGUUAACUGAUAUUUAAAGGUAAUGGUUUGCUGCAACUGGUACAGUUCAAAGGGAAUGAGAGGAUCCUAGUGGAUAGGUUGAAACUAUGUUACCGUAGUAGCAGAUCUUGAAGGUUUUAUUCUUUUGCCACAUCUUGAGUCUUCUGUUUGUCUGAUAGUAAUACUUUAUAUGAGCUUGUAUCACCUUAUUAUAAUAGUAUCCACGUUUAGCUCAAUGCUUAUAGGUAUUUAUAAUUACUCUCACCCCAAACUAUUAUGUCCUCCCCUCUAAGUAUUGCUCUUCAGAUUUUAAUGCAAUCGUCCUGUUGAAUUUUGUUUCUGCCUACAGUAGGGUUGGUUAAAUAACAAAAUGUUAAACUACUGAGCUCUGAUGUGUUACUCUGCCAGUUCUUACUUUGGCAUAAGACUGAUUAGCUAUUCCUCUGUUAGCCUCUAAGGAAGCUUGACACACGGCAUCUGGUGGCCCAAGGCAAUAAAAUAACAAGCAUUGGUUUCUAAUGCCAGGUCUGAGUCCCAUCCUUUCCUAAGUUGGUGUGGCUUUUAAAUGGUCGGUUUGAAACUGGCUCUUGAAUUCUUUGAUGUAAUUGCUUAUAUACAUGUCAAAUAUGAAAGAUCAAAACAGGCUGCCCUCUCUUCAGUAUUGCUUUGGUGUAAGACUUGAAGUGAGCCUCUCUGAAGAGGAGAGGCUGAGUGUGGCUCUGUGUUUCUUUUGUCCUUUGGUUAGUUUCUACAUAAGAAAGCAAUUUCUGUUAUGGAGAGUAAUAAGUGUUCACUGUGCAUGCAUUUUAAGGGAAAAGAACAGUACUUUUAAUUCAUGGUGGGGUUUUAACUAGACCUAUUUAAGUGUUUACUCCUACCAGCAAUCUCCUCUUGGCAAUCUCUUACACUUUUGCAACUUUCUUUCAACUGUAACAGAAAAGCUAUCAAUGGGAAUUUCCCUAUCAAUAGAUACUCUGGUUUAGGUUUCCUUUUGUUCUCAUAUCUAUUACUGAGACUAAUGGAGAUUGAAAAAUCGCUGUUCUUUCUAUGUGUUAGUGGGAGAAAAUAAAGAAUACUAGGGAUGUAGUUAUCCUCUUUGCUCUUGGCUCCUGCCAUGCUGUGGUUGCGCUGUAAGUAGCCCUCUGAAGGGGAUUGCCUGACAUUUCCUGUCACCCUUAACUGUCCUUCAUUGAGCAUUUGUCACCAAAGUUUUAUGUACCAAAUGCGUUGACAUCCUGCAGUUGCUAAAAUAGUAAUUCUUUUCAGCAUUUUAUCUACUAAGAAGCUUUGUGAGGAUAGUGGAGUGAGCUGGGUCCCCCAAAAGAAGAGAGGAAUGUUGCUGCUUUUCAUUUGAAAAGCUUCACCCACCCUAACAAUUGAAUAGAAGUAUGUAGAUUAUCUGGCUGCUGAUAGGUGGCAUCCUGCAAAGUUGUUUCCACAUGGUGAUGGCCACUUGUUUCCAAACACAUUGAGGAAUUCCAGUAUUAGUGUACAUAUCCAUGGCACGUCCUUUGUGUGGAUGCAAAGAAAAUGUCUAUAAUUAGCCUCAAGUUUUGCAGCAAGUGCUUGUCGCCAGAACGUGUGGUGAUUUCACAUGGCAGAUUCUCCGAUACUCUCUGAACUCUUCACCCUUUAUGGGUGUGUUCUAUAAGAUUGAUUGAUUUUUGCUGUUCUCUGAGUAAAACUUCUAUUCUUGGCUUCCUAAAACUUGUCAGUAUCUCUGUUUGAAAAGCAUUACUGUUUGUAAUUCUUGCAUGCGGUGUUAUGAAUUGAGUGUUUAUUGCACUCUGUAAUUAUUGGCACUGAAUGAACUCUUACCUUAUUUUGUAACUGAUAUAAGAACAACAGGGAUUUAAAUAGUAUGAUCCUUUGUUCAUGAUUAUUUUUGUGAAUAGAGCUUUUAUGCACCUGCA